CUCAUUACCCUGCCUUCCUCCUGAACGUACCAUCGGUCUUCGUGUGGCUGACGGACUCAACCCAAUCUUUUUGACGAAUCCUCCCCAACACAUUCCUCAAUUCAUCACAUUAUGGGCGCCGGCAGCUCCAAGCCCGAGGCCUCGGCCGGCUCGACACACGUUUUCACGAGCAACUCCCCCGUCCAAUUCUCCUCCAACCUAGUUGAGUCCCUCCAGAACAACACCGAGACCGACUCCUCCCGCGCCAAAGCCCUCGAACUCCAGAUCCAAGCGCGCGUCUCGGAAGAACUCGAACGCCUCCGCGCCCGCGAACAGCAGACCCUCGCGGAGAUCGAGAAGCGCCUCGCCGAAGUCAAAGACACCGCCACCUCUCCCUCCACAUCCUCCUCCACAGCCACCCCGAACCUCGCCUACCCUCCGGGCUCCCUGAACCUGGAUGCGCCCCGCAUCCCCUUCGCCGGCCGCGAGGCCACCCCCGCCGCCGCCGCCGCCCCGGAGGCCCAGAAGCCCAUCAACCUGGACGUGUCACGGGAUUCGGUGAACUCGGAGAUCGAGGAGCUGCGCGCCCGGCUCGAGGGCCGGCGGCGGUUGGCGCAGCUGGACGGGGAGGUGGAGAAGGCCCGGGCGGAGGUGGUGGGCUGUCUGCGGUUGAACGACCGGCGGCCGCUGAACUGCUGGAAGGAGGUCGAGAGCUUCAAGCGCGAGGUCGCGAAGAUGGAGGAGGCGUUUGUGGAUCGGAUUGUUGGUUAG